AUGAUUUCGGCGCGGACGCUGGUCUCGCUGGGCCCGCGGCAGAGUGUCGUGCGGCCUGCUCUCGCUCGCUGCUUACCAACGCGGCGCGGCACCUUUUCCCCGGCGACGGCGACAUGCCAGCGUCGCUGGGAGGGCGGUGCUGCCGGAGCUCCCGUGACGCCGCCGAUUGUGCCGCCGAACGCCCCCGGCUCGGCGGAGCCCUCGGCGCAAAAGGAGCAGGAGACGGGGCAUUUCCAAGUAAAGCCGAACGAGUCCUUGCUCUUCUUUGAGAACAUAUUCCCCCGGAGACUGAGCGCGCUGCUCAGGUACCCCGCCGAAACGGAUCGCGACAUGACCGACUUGCUGGGCCGCUUCUACAGCUCUUCCAGCAGCGGUGGAGGCGGCGGCUUGGACCCGAUCGCGUUGGUGAAGAGAGCUAUACCGGACGACAUGCCGCUGAAAGUCACCGAGAUCUUGCCCAGGCUGAAAGAUGGCGGGGCUUUUGUCAAGGUCCAGUACGACGCCAGCACGUCUCCGUCGGAAAUCGAAUCAACGCUUCGGCAGAAGCUCGAGAAGCAUCCGCUGAAACCGUGGUUUAGCCCCUUUCGCGGCGUCACGGCGCGCUUGGUCAGGGGAACGCCGUGGCUGGAGGAUCUGUACAGGUUUCCCUCGAGCUUGGUCAAGGUGGAGUUUGUGCCGACGCAGCCGGGGGCGACGGCCGAGGAGCUGUCGGAAGAGAAGCUGUACAGCUUGUUUCGACGGUACGGCAAAAUCGCCGAUAUUCUCCCCCAGCCCUUUGACAGCAAGGUCGUCCCCAGAUACGCGCAGCUGGAGUUCCCGAGGCUGAGCGACGCCAUCAUGGCAAGAAACUGCAUGCACGGGUUCGUUGUCGACGAGGCCAUGGGCGGAGGCAGGUCCGGCACUGCUUUGCGGCUCUCGUACGUCAAGCGAGUCAAGGCGCACAGCGUGUGGAACUGGAUCAUCAACCAUCCGAAAAUCGUCAUCCCCAUCCUCGCCGCCCUGCUGGCCGGGCUCUCCGUCAUCGUCUUUGACCCCAUACGCAACUUCUUCAUCAAGCUGCACGUGACGCGGUCGCUCAAGUUCAAGGACUCGAGGCUCUACAAAUGGUUCCGGUCGCAGACGGUCCGCCACAAGCCGCAGCACAUGGAGGGCCUCCACGCGGUCUGGAACCAUCGGCGCGACCUGAUUGAGCGGUUGAGGAACUGGCUCGACGGCAGCUCCGACACGUUCAUCGUCGUCACCGGGCCCCGGGGGUCGGGCAAGAUUGAGAUGGUCAUGGAUCAGGCCUUGGCCGGGCGCAAGAACGUCCUCUUGCUGGACUGCAAGCCCAUCGUGGACGCGAGCGGCGAGGCAGGCACCAUCAAGCGUCUCGCGGCCGCGGUGGGCUUCCGCCCCGUCUUCUCGUGGGCAAACAGCAUCAGCAGCAUGAUCGACUUGGCGGUGCAGAGCACCACGGGCGUCAAGGCGGGCUUCUCCGAAACCCUCGACAGCCAGAUCAGCAAGAUUCUCCACACGACCACGGGCGCCCUCAAGCAGAUUGGGCUCUCGUCCCGGUCCAAGCGAGACAAGGACGCGAAGCUGUCCGAAGACGCCUAUCUGGAGGCGCACGCGGAAACCCGACCCGUCAUUGUCAUUGACAACUUCCUGCACAAGAACGAGGGCAUGACGAUUGUCUACGAGAAGAUUGCAGACUGGGCGGCGUCGCUCGUGCAGAACAACAUCGCGCACGUCAUCUUCCUCACGGCAGACAGUUCGUUUACCAAGCCCCUGGCCAAGGCGCUGCCGGACAGAGUGUUCCGCACCAUUUCGCUCGGGGACUUGGAACCCGGCGUGGCCAAGAAGUUUGUCACCAGCAGGCUGGCGGAAGAUGCGGAAGAUGCGCCCGACGGGUCCGUUGCCGACGACGACGACGACAGCGGCGGCCAAGACGGAGCCAAGCGCGGCACGGACCUGGCCGGACUGGACAGGUGCAUCGAAGUCCUCGGCGGACGACUCACGGACCUCGAGUUCCUGUCCCGCCGGAUCAAGGCUGGCCAGACCCCCCGGCAGGCGGUUGAGGAGAUUGUUGACGAGACGGCCACCGACAUUGUCAAGAUCUUCCUCAUGGGCAAGUCCAACGACGCGGACAGGAAAUGGUCGUGCGAACAGGCGUGGCACCUGAUCAAGUCGCUGUCCGAGAGCCCGUCCCUGCGGUACCACCAAGUCUUGCUGUCGCCAACCUUCUCCUCGUCCACGUCGGCCAGCGCCGCCAGCGGGGAAGCCGCCCUCGAGGCACUCGCCUCGACGGAGCUCAUCACCAUCAAGUCCCACCAGGGGCGCCCCAAGAUCAUCACCGCGGGGAAGCCUCUGUACCAGGCCGCCAUUUCGGCCCUGGUCCGCGACCGCGUGCUCAAGGCCAAGAUGGACACGGCUGUGCUGAAAGAGAUGGCCAAGGUGGAGGGCAAGACGGUUGCGUCUGUGGAGGCGGAGCUGGGCAUGCUGGCCAAGCUGCCGCGGCAGACGCUGGAGACGGCCGGCAGGGUGGCGUAUCUCCUGGGCAAGUUGGAUGCCAGCCAGAGGAAGAUUGAGCAAGUGGAGGCGCAGAUGGCCGGGCUGAAGAAGGUCUUGGCGGAGGAGUACUAG